CCGCCCCCCCCCCAGCUCCUUGCCUCCAACUCCCUCCCCUUCCACGCCCGCCCUCUCGCCUUCGCCGUCCCAAAGUGGAUUAAUUAUACGCUUUCUGUUUCUCUCCUCGCUGUUCUCUCCCGCUGUGCGCCUGCCCGUCUCUCACUGUCCUCUCUCUCUCUCUCUCUCGCCCUCUCUUCGGCCCCCCCCUUUUCACGUUCACUCUGUCUCUCUCACUAUCUCUGCCCCUCUCUAUCCUUGAUACAACAGCUGACCUCAUUUCCCGAUACCCUUUCCCCCCCUAAAAGUACAACAUCUGGCCCGCCCCAGCCCGCAGACAGCCCGUCCUCCCCAAACAAUCAGACGAGUUUCCCACCCCCCCAAAAAAGCCAUCCCCCCGUUCUGCCCCGUCGCACAUUCGGCCCCCGCGACUCGGCCAGAGCGGCGCUGGCAGAGGAGUGCCCGGCAGGAGGGCCAACGCCCGCUGUUCGGUUUGCAAUACGCAGCAGGGAGGUGGGCGGCCCCUGCGCCGGCUUCCAGACACCAAUGGGGAUCCGAGUGGGAAAGUCGAUGCUGGGGCUGCUCGCCUUCUUGGCCUUCGCCUCGUGCUGCUAUGCUGCUUACCGCCCCAGUGAGACUCUGUGCGGCGGGGAGCUGGUGGACACCCUCCAGUUUGUCUGCGGGGACCGCGGCUUCUACUUCAGACUUCCAGGCAGGCCGGCAAGCCGCGUGAACCGCCGCAGCCGUGGCAUCGUGGAAGAGUGCUGCUUCCGCAGCUGCGACCUGGCCCUGCUGGAGACCUACUGCGCCACCCCCGCCAAGUCCGAGAGGGACGUGUCGACCCCUCCGACCGUGCUUCCGGACAACUUCCCCAGAUACCCCGUGGGCAAAUUCUUCCAAUAUGACACCUGGAAGCAGUCCGCCCAACGCCUGCGCAGGGGCCUGCCCGCCCUCCUGCGAGCCCGCCGGGGUCGCACGCUCGCCAAGGAGCUGGAGGUGUUCAGAGAGGCCAAGCGUCACCGCCCCCUGAUCGCCCUGCCCACCCAGGACCCCGCCGCCCACGGGGGCGCCUCUCUUGAGGCGUCCGGCCAUCGCAAGUGAGCCAAAUUGUCGUAAUUCUGCAAAGCGGCACCACCCACUCGUGACCUCCUCUUGACCGGACCUUUCCAUCAGGUCCCACCGCUGAAACCUCUGUACCGUCCUGUCUGCGGGCUCCCCCGACCUGGCCCCCGUGCCCCAACCUCCCCACGUCAGGCUGCUCUCUCCUCGGCCCCCUCCAUCGGGCUAAGGGAAUCACAACAAAAUCUUUAAAAAUGUACAAAA